AUGGACACUUUGACCUCGGUAUUCAAUGUGAAAUCUUGGAUAUGGGAUGCUGCAUGGAUUUAUGAUAACAAUAAAGACAUCAGAACGAAGGAGCCUAUCCUCCUAGCUCUUGUGACUGGGUUAAAUGCCGUUGUUAUACUAGAAUGGAAAACCCUAAAUGAAUCAUUACAAGAAAAGAAACAAGUAGCAGAAGUUUCCAUAAAGCUGAUAGGACAUGAGGGUGCUAUUUUCUCAAUUACUUUCGCUAAUGAAAAUUAUCUCUGCUCUGCGUCCGAUGAUCGAAGUAUACGAUUGUGGCAAGUAAAUGAAGAUUGGAUUUCAGAUCCCAGAAAAGAAAGAAAGCCAGUAAUAUUAUCUCCGUUAAAGACCUUCUAUGGUCAUAAGGCACGAGUUUGGGAUGCGUACCUACUGUCUGAUUAUGUCAUAAGUAUUGGAGAGGGAAAAAAUAUUUGGAGUAUGGCAAUUUCUCCUGAUGGAUCUCUUGCGGCUACUGGUGGUGGAGAUGCAUCAAUACGUCUCUGGCCUAUUCUUAAUUUUCAUCCGCUUGGUAAAUCUUCAUUUUGGUUUCGUAAUCAAAAAUUUUAA